AUGGACAGGUUCGAGAUCUGCGAUGUUUGGGCUGAUAAUCUGGACAGUGAAAUGGCUAUCAUCAGGGACCUUGUAGAGUAUUAUCCAUACAUCGGAAUGGAUACCGAAUUCCCUGGGGUCGUUGCUCGACCUAUCGGCACUUUCAAAACCCCGUCUGAUUAUCAUUAUCAGACCUUGCGUUGCAACGUCGACCUCUUGAAGAUCAUUCAACUCGGACUCACAUUGUGUGAUGAGAAUGGGAGAAAGCCCGAAGGGAAAUGCGUUUGGCAGUUCAACUUUCGCUUCAACCUCAAUGACGAUAUGUAUGCGCCUGACUCCAUCGAACUUCUGCAAGCAUCUGGGCUCAAUUUCAAGCGACACGAGGAACAAGGAAUCGAUCCCGAGUAUUUCGGCGAACUUCUCAUCUCGUCUGGUCUCGUUUUGCUCGAAGACGUCAAGUGGAUCAGCUUCCACUCUGGGUACGACUUUGGCUAUAUCCUCAAGAUGGUCACCCUCGUCAACAUGCCCGUUUCCGAAACCGAAUUCUUCGAUCUCUUGAAGACUUGGUUCCCUUGCAUUUACGAUAUCAAAUUCUUGAUGAGGAGCUGCAAGAGUCUCAGGGGUGGAUUGAACGAAGUAGCCAAAGACCUCAACGUUGCUCGCAAAGGCAAGGAGCAUCAAGCAGGCUCGGACUCGCUUUUGACCGCGGACACGUUUUUUGCUUUACGGGCGCAAUAUUUUGACAACGAAUUAGACGAUGGAAAGUAUUUGGGACAAAUCUACGGGCUGGCCUCGUCGGGACAAGCCCAAUUUUCUCGCGAGAUGACGCCCUCGCUUGCGGAUGAUCCUCUUGGCUUUCCGAUCGAUCCGAUCCCGACGCCGCAUACGACGGCCACACCUUCAUCUUCCUUGAUCCGUCGCCAAGUCCUCCCCCCUCGUCAUCAUCUCUCAAACCCUCAAGAACCCGGCCCCCGAGCUAGCAGCGCCGUCAGUAUCAAAAACCCCAAUGCGCCAAAUGGUUCAGAUGGUAGCGCGAAUCCUUUUGCGCCUUACCGAGCUGGUAGCCCUGCGGUCCGUUAG